GAUGAGACAUUUUGGAACAGCACAAGACACAACUGACCUGCGACAGACAUUACAAGAGAAACAGCAGAAGGUCAAUCAGCUUGCUAAAGUGACAGACAAAUGCAUGAAAGAUUUCAGUGCUUUACCUGUGACCACAGAACAGCGGCAAAGAAAAAUCCAACGAGAACGUCUCAUCACUGAAUUCUCCAACGCACUAGCCGUUUUCCAGAAAGCUCAGAGAGAGGCUGCAAAGAAGGAGAAGGAGUUUGUGGCGCGUGUCCGAGCGAGCUCGAGAGUUUCA